GAGAGGAGGCGAGAUUCAACAUGGCGGCGCCCUGAUCCAGAAACACUUUCUUGCUCCUGAAAACUGCACUUAUUUCAAACAAACGCACUUAAUAUCGCUGAAUUUAUUAUAAUUAAAGAAACCCAGGCAGUUUGUAGACAGUUCUUUUGAAGAAUAUAUAAUGGCGGAGAUUCGCAAACACCAGGAUUCAUCUAAACCCGAGAAACGAGAAAAAGGCGAGUCUGUCAACACAAGCUCGGUCCAGAGCGAAAUGUCAUCGUCUGGUUAUCAUCACGCUAAAAACCAUGACAAGGGGAUUGAUGCAGAAAUGGGCAAGGAUAUAAUUUACUACUGCUCGCUGUGUGGAAAGCGCUUUACUCGAAAGGGUCAUCUUAAACAGCACCAUCUCAUCCACACAGGAGAAAAGCCCCAUCAGUGCUCACAGUGCGGGAAGACCUUUAUACAAAAAAGCAAUCUCAAAAAGCACCAGCGCGUUCAUACCGGAGAGAAGCCGUACGAAUGCUCCGACUGUGGGAAGAGUUUUACACGACACAGUCCUUUUAAAAACCACCAGCGCAGUCACACAGGAGAGAAGCCGUACCACUGCUCACCGUGUGGGAAGAGUUUUACGCUACAAAGCUCUUUUAAAAGACACCAGCUCAUUCACAAUGGAGAAAAACCGUAUUACUGCUCCCAAUGUGGGAAGAGUUUUACACGAUAUAGUAAUUUAAAAAGCCACCACCGCGUUCACACGGGAGACCAGCUGUAUUGCUGCUUCCAUUGUGGGAAGCGUUUUCGAGAAUUGCCUACUUUAAAAAACCACCAGCUCAUUCACACAGGAGAGAAACCUCAUUACUGUUCACAGUGCGGGAUGAGUUUUCGGGAGUUAAGUCACUUAAAAACACACCAGCGCAUUCACACGAGAGAGAAGCCGCUUUACUGCUCACAGUGCGGGAUGAGUUUUCGGGAGUUAAGUCACUUAAAAACACACCAGCGCAUUCACACAGGAGAGAAGCCGCAUUUCUGCUCGCAGUGCGGGAUGAGUUUCCGAGAGUUAAGUCACUUAAAAACGCACCAGCGCAUUCACAUGAGAGAGAAGCCAUAUUACUGCUCGCAGUGCGGGAUGAGUUUCCGAGAGUUGAGUCAUUUAAAAACUCAUCAGCGCAUUCACACGAGAGAUAAGUCGCAUUACUGCUCGCAGUGCGGGAUGAGUUUCCGAGAGUUAAGUCAUUUAAAAACGCACCAGCGCAUUCACACAGGAGAGAGGCCAUAUCACUGCUCGCAGUGCGGGAAGAAUUUUAAACAGCGUGGAUCGUUUAAGGCACACCAGCGCAUUCACGCAGGAGAGAAGCAGUAACGCUGCUCACGGUGGGGGAUGAGUUUUACGCAACCCACAGGAGCGAAUCCUCAUUACAGCUCACAGUACGUGAAAUGUUUUCGUGUUGGUGUGAUAAGAAAAUAAUCAGCUCGUUCACACACAACAGAAGCCGUACACCUCUUCUUCUACAUUAUUCACGAGGUGAAAAGGAAAUGAUGAUGAUCUCAAGCUAAAUGUAUACCACAGCUUUCUGCCUAAUGAAGAGCGGUAAGACCUCGCAGCGGCAGAAGGCUAACCUUGUAACGGAACAGCUGCAGUUACAAAGCAAAAAUAUGUUUAUGGUUUAAUGAUCGUUUAUAUGUGAAGAAAUUACGAGUCAUUGUUCUAAGAGGCACCAGUUAGUGUCGCGCUUUUCAGUGGCUGGAUUUUAAAUGUUGUACAGGGUAUAUAGUGCAUCACAAUGUAACUCUUCAUUUAUAGUUUAUUCUAAAUAGCCAGUUUUAUUGUCAUUGAUUAUUAGAACAAAUUUAAUUCUUGAUCCUGAUUUGAUUAGCUAUAUUAGAUAUUCAGUUCAUUCCGACUGUUUAGAAUAAAACAUGCACCCCAAUUCCAAAAAAGUUGGGAUACUGUGUAAACUGUAAAUAAAAGCAAUGCGAUAAUUUUUGCAAAUCAUGGAAACCCAGUAUUUCAUUGAAAAUAGACUCCACCUCUCCGAGGUGCAUUUUUUAUAUAUAUAUAUAUAUAUAUAUAUAUAUAUAUAUAUAUAUAUAUAUAUAUACACACCCAGUCAUGUUACUGACCUGUUGCCGCUUAACAAAAUUAGGUUUUUCGUUUUUUUGUUUUUUUUUAGCAUGACACAACUUUUUCAGUCUUUUGUUACCCCUGUCCCAACUUUUCUGAAACAUGUUGCUGACCCCAAAUUCAAAAUGAGCGCAUAUUUAAAAAAAAAAACAAUUUCAACAUUUGAUAUGUUGUCUUUACACUUUUAAAAAAAAAGAUAUUUUUGGGGGGCUUUUUUCACCUUUAUUGGAUAGGACAGUGUAGAGACAGGAAAUGAGCGGGAGAGAGAGACAGGGAGGGAUCGGGAAAUGACCUCGGGUCGGAAUCAAACCCGGGUCCCUGGAUUUAUGGUAUGGUGCCUUAUCCACCUGAGCCAUGACGCCCCAUCUUUGUACUAUUUUUAAUGAAAUAUAGGGUUUCCUAUCGCAUUGUUUUUAUUUACAGUUUACACAGCGUCCCAAGUUUUUGGAAUUGGGGUUGUACAAUGAUCUCUAGUUACAGAAAAUAUUUCUGUAAUAAAACAGUGGAUGUUUGAACUAUAUAACAAUAUAGUUGUAUAGUUUUUUUUUUUCCCCCCUUUAUCAUGGUUCACAGAAGAAACCGGUCGAAAUGCCUUUUAAAAAUGUUUGCAUAGGCUAAAACGAACAUAGAAUUUCUCUAGGAUACUCAUAAACAUGUAUUUAUUGAUAAAUAGCAAUCACCCAUAAAAUAUUGGGCAUGUGGAAGGCAUAUCUGAUUUGUGUGCCAACAAAACUCCAUAAAAGGCAAAGUUCAUGGAGCGGAAAAACACGAAACGACUACCAAAUGGCCCAAAAGAAUUUCCCAGAGGAGUGAGAAGUGGAAAUACUUAGAUUCACGUCUCCAGGAAGAAAAAUAUAUUAUUUCGUGUUGUAACCAUGUACAGUACCUAGAAUGGCCAUAAUAUGGAGAGAAACCGAGUGUCUUCACUUCUUGCUGUCUUGGAAAAACGGGACACUAAGACUACGUUCAGACUGCACCCUGAAACGACCCAUAUCCGAUUUUUUUUGCCCAUAUGCGACCUGUAUCCGAUUUAUUGACAAUCUGAAUGACACAGAUCCGAUUUUUUUCACAUGCGACCCAGGCCGCUUGGAUAUGUGGUCCUAAUUCCAAUGCAUAUCCGAUAUUUUCACAUUCGACUGCAGUCUGACCGGACAGGUCGCAUUCAUGCGACCUACAGUACACGUCAUCAACAAGAGACAAACGUCACUAUUCUGCGUUGGCUAAUCCCGCCUCUUUGGUGGAAAACGACAUUUGUACAGUUUUCAGAAUUUAAAUAGACUUUUAUAGAAUUGAUCAAGCUAAUGGUGGAUUUGGUAGGGACCUGGAUGUUGAUCUGUUAGCCUGAUUAAAUAAAACAGUUUCUAUAACUGAUUUAUAACUUAAACCAUCCUGUAUUACAAGAUUAUAAGAUUGUUCUGGAAAUUUCCAGUAAUUUGACACCUUCGGUCUCAUUAGUCUGCUGCCCACAUUAAUCAGAUUAUUGUGUGAGUUCCGCCGCCGCCACAAAAACCACAUCGCCAGGUCUCGCCUCAUCUCCAUGCUUUACUUGCAAACUUGAAGAGUGUGCUUUUUUUUUUUUUUUGUUUACGUAUUACGUAGAUGUGCUUAUUAUGUGUCAAUUUGCGCAUGCGGGACACUUUUGGGUCGUUUUCCGUUCAUAUUGGAGAUCGCAUACAAGUCUCAUAUAUAAUUGGUAAUGUGAACGGCCUAACAAAAAAAUCGGAUUUCACAACAAAUCGGAUAUGGGUCGUUUCAGGUUGCAGUCUGAACGUAGUGUAUGUCUAGAGCGCUGGAGGACAAUGUAGCAACUCCUAAGAGAUGUGAGUUCAAGUAUUAAACAGAUGUCUGAAUUCUGCAUCAGGUUAGGGCUGAAGGAGGAAUGUGUUCUGAAACAAGCUGGAUUAUGAGCCACAGAACACAAGGAAGUAUACGGCAAAUUGUAGGUUGCGAUAUAUUAGAUCAGUCACUUUUUUUAACCGGGAGCAAGAAAUCCAAUCAUGGACAAAUCUUACCAGUCACAGGAAUGGUACACAAUCCUUUUGUCUGUCAAAAAUAGUGCUGGACCAAAGUGUUGCACAGCAUUAAAAGCGGAUGCCGUGGCAAAAGGAACUGAAUUAUAAAGCCAGCCUAAAAGAAGCAACAUCCUGAUCUUGAAACAUCCUUUCCCCCGUACUUUUUAAAAAUAUUUUUCAAAUAUCAGUUGUUUCAAAAAGUUCACCUUCCUACACAAGUGGGAAAUAUUUGAAAAACUAUGUAGCCCUAGAAGGGACAUGGAGGAGUUUUUAAAAAAAAAAAAAAAAAACCAAUUCCCCCCAGCGUUUCAUUUAGAUCAAUGUAUUUCCGGAAUCAAUUUUGU